CGUAGACACGGCCGAGCGCAGGAGCAAUAUAUAUUCUCCACCGAGGCGAGGGCAUUCGCACCCAACUCUCUCGGGCCGAAGGAGCGUGCCCUAAAAGCCGAGACACCUCGUCUCGUCGUCCUUCUCUCGAGCUCUCUCUCUCCCCCUUCCCUUCCUUGAUCUCGCUUCUCAAGAAAAGGGCGGCCAAACCAUGUCGGGAUCGUACGGCUCCGGUGGAGUGAACGACUCUGGCCCGCCGGCCCGCGGCGGCGGAUACAGCAGAGGAGGCGGUGGGGGAUACGGUGGAAAUCCGUCGAAUCGAGGCGGAGGCGGUGGUGGCGGCGGAUAUCAAGGCGGCGACCGCGGCAACCGGGGAGGCGGCGGGUACCGUGGUGGGGGUCGUGGCGGCGGCAGUGGCCGAGAAGGGGAUUGGCUUUGCCCGGCCCCUAGUUGUGGGAAUCUGAACUUUGCGCGAAGAUCCGAGUGCAAUAAAUGUGGUGCUACAAGACCUGGCGGCGGCGGCACUGGUGGCGGCAGUAGAGCUGGUGGUUAUAACAGGGGAGGAGGGGGAGGAGGUGGUCGUGGCGGUUAUAAUCGAAGUGGUGCAGAUUACAGCAGAGGAGGUGGUGGUGGCGGUGGUCGUGGUGGUUAUAGCGGAGGUGGCGGAGGUUAUGAUGGGAGCCGUGGUGGUAGGAGUGAUAAUUAUGGUGGAAGAGGUGGUUCUUACAGUAGUAGUCAAAGUAGAGAUGGAGAUGAUUCUGCUUAUGCUCAUGUUUCCCAACCAGCUCCGGCUUCGUAUGGUGGUGGCCCUAUGGGAAGUUACCCACUUCCUACAAACUCCUACGGAGGGAAUGAUGCUUAUGAUGCGGAGCCUGUUCCACCACCCAUGAGCUAUGGUGGGCCCCCUUCUUACCCCCCUUCAUAUGGUGCACCACCUCCCAAUCCCUAUGGAGGUGAUGCUCCCUUUGCUCGCGGGGUUCCACCAGUUGAUUAUGAUGGCGGGCAUGCUGAUCGUCCAAUCCCUGGUCGUGAUGGUGGCGCUCCUCCACGCUAUGGGGAUGGUGGUUAUGGUGCUGCUGCUGUUGAGCCCCCUCUUCCGCUCAAGCAGUGUGAUGAAAAUUGUGGCGAAUUUUGUGACAAUUCAAGGAUUUACAUCUCAAAUUUACCUCCUGAUGUGACUACAGAGGAGCUUAGGGAGCUUUUUGGAGGAAUUGGGCAGGUUGGAAGGAUCAAACAAAAGCGAGGCUACAAGGACCAGUGGCCAUGGAAUAUUAAAAUAUAUACUGAUGAAUCUGGGAACAACAAAGGAGAUGCUGUGCUAUCUUAUGAAGAUCCUUCUGCUGCACAUUCUGCAGGAGGAUUCUAUAACAACUAUGAUAUGAGAGGCUACAAGAUUAAUGUCACAAUGGCUCAGAAGACUGCACCUAAAGCUCCUCCUGCAUACGGGCAUGGAAAAUGUGAGGAGUUCACUACUUCGUGGGGCCUACCUUUACCACCUCAAUUACAAGGUAAUCAUAUCUCUUUCGACAUCAAACAACCAAACAACUAUAUCUAUAUUUUCAGUUCUCAAUUUUAAACAUUGAAAAAAGACCCUUCUCUACAACUUCACUUCCAAUUGCUAGCAAUUAAAUUGCAGCUUCUAAUUGAAUUGCAUCCAAUAGAAUUGCAGGCAACCAAACAGCCUCUAAAGGCCUAAAUCCCACGGUCUUCAAGCUGGGCUGAUGCUUUCUUCCAGCCUCCAUGCACAGAGGAAUUUUGCUUCACUUAGGCCUAGUUUAUUGGCAUGUUUUGUCCAUAUUUCCAUCUCUCACUAUUUAUUCUUCUCCAAGAGUGGCGAGUGUUAGGGUGUUGAUUGUCCACAUCCAAUCAUCUUCCAUCUGUGGUACCAACAAGAGCACCAAGGCCGCAACCCUUUGAUCCAAGUCUGAUUCUCUCUUAUUUCCUUUGUUGGAGUUACUUGGUUCUUUGUCCCACCAAUUCCCCUUCAUUUUCUCUCUGUCAUACGUAUGUUCUUGAAGCAAGUCAUCAAAUUAAUUAGCUCUAGAACUGCUAAAUAUAUCAAAUCCUCCAUUUGAAGUUUGACAGAAUGUUUUGUUGUAGAAAGUAGUCAUACUCCAUUCAUAUUGUAUUGCUUUUUCAUACAAAGCCAAUAUCUGUCUUUUAAGCUAAGGCUAGAUUUGUAAAUCUAGAGCAUUGCAGAUAUAGAGCCUGGGAGAAAUUUCAUUUUGUAAUUUCAUAAUACAGCAUUCACUUUGCCAAUUCGCGUAUUCAACUGGAAGUAAGUGAUUUAAUGUUAAGGGUAAUUUGAUGAUUCAAUUAUCUCAAUUUGGCUUUUCUUGAAACUAACCACAUACCCAAGCUAAGUUAUAAACAAUCUGUUGCCUCACUUUAUCAGCACUUUUCACAUCAUUGCUCAAGCUUAUGUUAUAUAAAGAAGAAAAAUGUAUAAAUUAAGGCUUUUGUUAUGUUUUAGAAAAUCAGUUUUAGUUUGUUUUCUCAGUUGAGAUUCUAGGGAUGCAUGUGUGUAUAUAUGUAGGUGGUUUGUAUAAAUGUUUGCAUGCAAUUGUAUUGUCCCUUUCCAAUGUAGUAGUUGUAAACCAAGUAACCAACUAUAUAGUGGGAUAUUACGGGAUGAAAAGUUAUCAAUAGAUAAGCAGAUGGUCUUUACAUGUAUUAGGGAAAAUGGACUGAGCACUUACACAAAAAUAUUUAUGCAUGCUUCAUAUAUCUGGUCUAAUAGCCAAAAAUUCUGAGACUUGUGGUUUUAGUUUGGGUCCCAAGCCAUGGUCUUAUUUGGUGAUUAGGUUAAGGUGGCAUUGGUGGGGCAGACCUAAACAGAUCCAAACAAAUAUAAUUUAGAAUGUCGUAGUUGAACAAUUCAAAAAAUGACUCCUUAGUGUGGUGCCAAGAUACUUGAACAGUAUCACUGCUUGUUUAUUACACUUAAUUGAUAGCAAUAUUAAAACAAUGCCAUUUAUUUGCUUAUGAUAACUAUCAUUGAUUGGAUCUAGUGGUUUAACAUGCUUGUGCAUGUGCGUCAUAACUAGUUCAUUAAAGGUAUCAAUCUCACUUUUUUUGAGAAGUAUUAAUAAAAAAAUUGUUCAUUAUUUUUAGGCAAGCCCGAUCCCAACUAUCUGAUGUGAACAUUAUUACUUUCUUUAGGUCCUGUUUGGAUGUUGGAGGAUCUUAUAGGUCUGACGUGAUCUUCUGGUAGUGGGUUAUUGUUUCAUUGAUACACUUGAACUCAAGUGCCAAGAGAUCUUCUGACAAGAUCUUCUGGUAGUGGGUUAUCGUUUCAUUGAUCGGAUCUAGUGGUUUAACAUGCAUGUGCAUGUGCACCAUAACUGGUUCAUUAAAGGUAUCAUUCUCACUCUUUCUGAGAAGUAUUAAUAAAAAAAUUCUUUGCUUGUUUUCAGGCAAGCCUGAUCCCAACUAUCUGAUUUGAACAUUAUUACUUUCUUUAGGUUUUGUUUAGAUGUUGGAAGAUCUAAUAGGUCUGACGAGAUCUUCUGUAGUGGGUUAUUUAUUGUUUCAUUGAUACACUUGAACUCGAGUGGUCUAGAGAGAUUGGAGAAACUAGAACAUAACUAAUCCCUGAUUUCUUGGAGAUAAGUCGAAUCAGCUUCAAAAAGGGAUUAACUGUCUCUAAGAAUCAGGAUGUGCCUGUUGCUGGCGGUCCUGAACUCCAUGGACCACCUCUAUUUUUAUGUGGUUUUAACACCGAAGGCCCCUGCGGAUAAGAUCUGUCAGCAUUCAAACGGCCUUUAGUGUCCUUUUAUCCUUGCGAAGGCCUACAUCUGCUGCUAGUACUAGCUUUCUCAAAUCAUUUCUCAAAACUUGCCUCCAUGUUAUUUGUUCUUCCUUAUCUUUAUCCAUCUUUCUUUAUCAGCCCAAGCUCGCAGUCUUAGAUGGUUUUCACCACAUUGUUGUCAUUGGGCAAAUCUCAUGUGCUUCAUCUAGUGCCCUAAAUUUUCACCUUAUUUUUCUUGGGUUUAUAAGACAGGACAUUCUCAUCUUUGUCAAAUUUGUUAUAUUUGCUUGAACCCUUAUUUUCCACAUAGAGUCUGUCUCUCUUUCUCGUGUAAGUUCUUUCUCAACUAUUAAGACAUAUCUUUAGUUAUAUUCUUAUUUCUGACCUAUACUUUCAAAAUAUGUUAGGCAAAUGAAAUAAUUUUUUAAAAAUUGCAGUAGUUAUGAUCAUAUGACAGUCUUCCUAUUACGCUCUGACCCAUAGGCACAAAUCAGAGCGACAAACGACCACACAUCUGAUAGGGUUUGGUCCUAUAAGAAUUUCUUAUUUUCAAGACUAGUUUUUUCCCCAAGUAACAAUGAAUAGGCAUAGGUAAAUUUUGGAGCUUUAAUGAAAUUCUAAUAUAGAAUUCCAAAGUUAAAUAUUCCAAAAUCGAAAAAUCAGACAUAGACUCUAAUGCUCAGCCAUAACUCCAUCUGGGCUACUUAGCAGAUGAAAAAAAUGACAAGGGAGAAUAGUGAGCUAAUAGGCCAGUAAGUUACCUUUACAUCUCUUGUUAGAUCAAGCAUAUAAUAUAAAAAAAUGUUUAUGUAAUACAGGUACCGUUGUCAAUUGUAAUGAAAGUAAAUUUUGCAAAGUCAGGAAGGAGCUUCAGAAAUGGCAUUAAGAAGUUUACCAACAUAAUUGAUUCACCUUUUAGAAUGACACAAUGAAAAAAAUGCAUCUUGUGGAGAAAACCCUUUUUAUAAAAUUUUCAAUAAUUGCAAUUACGAUUCUACCCUCUCUUAGUCUUCAUGAUUACGGUCACAAUUAGCCCCGUGAGAAAGCUCGAAAGAGACUAGCUCCCAAGUCCAUCCGAUCAACCCUAUUGGCUAGGCUCAAAAGGAACUAACUCUGAACAUAUUUUUGUUAGUGAUUAGCCUCAUUGGCCAGGCCCAAAAGAAACUAGUUUCUGAACAUGUAUUACCAACGAUCAGCCCUGCUGGCUGGGCCUGAAUCAUAGUUAGAUUAAAGAAUGAACAUUAAAUUCAUUCUAAAACCAUUUGAUUAUAGAUCUUUCUAAUACCAAUGAACUUUCAACAAUAUUUAAUAACUCAUUUCAUAUGUUUCCAUCAUGCAAAAUCAACCAACAUUCUUUUGAUACAUGAAAGUUCAGCAACAUGCUUAUGCUUGAUCCAUAUUUCAGAAUCAUUUUUUGUACAGGGCAAACAUAAUAUUUAAUUUUAAUCAUGGAAUAUCUAUAAAUGAAUUUUAUAAAUUCAAUUUCAAGUGCUUUAGCUAUUUUUCCAAACACAUCUAAAAACCAAGUAAAAUAAAUUUCUAAUCCGAUCAUAUGACAUGCACAGUAAAAAUGUUUUGGGGGUAGACUUACAUAUCUAGAUUGGCAAGAUGCCAAAAUUCUUCCUAACAAGGCUAUGCACGGCCUGGAAAAAAAGGAGAGAGAGGGAUGGGGGAGAAAUAAGUUGACCCAAAAUAAAUGAAAAUUGUUACUCUUUUAUUGUCUAACAUUCUUGUCGAUACAUUAUCUUCAUUCUAUUUUAGAUUGUAAUAUCUAAUGAAAAGUAUAGCUUCAUGAGCAAAGGCUCCUAUCAUGAUGAACCCUGCAAUGUAUUGUAAUGAGUAUAUAACUCAACUUGAGUAGUAAAGUCUUAUGCAUGAAUGCAUAACCAGGUAAAUAGUAUGUAUUGAGGUAAUAUGGAAGUUUUAACCUCUGUAGAGGCUAGAGCAGGACCUAAUUGAGAAUGGAUCGAAUUAUCAAUUGUGUUGUAAAGAUGCUUAUGCCCAUGUCCUAAUUGACCCCGGGGUGGGGGUUGAUGAGGACCAAAAAGUGGCUAUUUCAUAGUGGAGAGUUAGUGAUUACCUCGGAUGUUGGCCUUGGCCCCUAUGCUGGAUGCUCCUUAGAGGUGUAAGGGUCCUAAUUAGAGAGAGAUUGCUAGCCUUAAAUCUAGAGGUGUCAUGGAGAUAGAGAGAGAAGAAGACUUGGGCGAGGGGGUUUUCAAGUGAGAGAGUGAGAGAGAAGACUCGGAGGAUGGUUCAGCUAGAGAGAAGAAUCAGGGAAACGGGCUCAACUGAGAGAUAGAUGGAAUCCAUGAUUUUUUUUUUUGGGAGGGGCUGGUGGUGGGGUGAAUUAUUGGUCAACAUGGCAGCAUCAAUCAACGAGGCGAUGAGCGUCUGCGGCCUCGGCAAAACAAGGCAGCAGCUAUAGCGAAAUGGGGAACUAUGGAGAGAAGAUGGAGAAGGGCGGUCAGCUUCGAUGUUGGCAAACGACGGUGAUCGGAGACAAAUCUAGCAUAGGCGCAAAGUAGGGUAGGCUGGCGCCAAAGAGCAAGAGUGAGAGAGAUUAACAAUUAGGGGAGGUGGAGCGGAAAAAGAGAGGAGGCUCUAGUGCCGGUGGUAGGCAAGUGAGGAUUGACUGUGAUCAGUGGAGGAAAUGGAGGAUAGGCGAGAGCAGGGCCAGCUCAACCCUUAGGCAACUAAGGUGGUCGCCUAAGGCUUCGGCCUAAAGAAGGCUCCAUUGUGCCCUUGAGAGUAUUCUCGACUUCGUAAAGCAGCAAGGCUAGUUUAGAAAAAAGAUCAGAAACACAAAGAAGUAGAUAAAAAAAGCGAGGGUUAGGGAUGGAAGAGUGAAUGUUGUAGCAAAGGAGAUGAACUCGAGGCGGGAGAAGCCUAGGAAGAUGCCGGAGAAGCGAUUGUAUGACGGCGAUAUGGUUGAGGUCGACAACGGCAGAGCAACGACCGUUGCCGCCGCGCUUGGCUAUCUCCAUCAUCGGCCAUUUCUUGAACCCAUGCUUCUUCUUGGACUCUAAGAGAGAGAGAGAGAGAGAGCCAACUGAGAAAAAAUUUCGGUGGGUCCGCCUUUUUGUAAGGUGUAGACGGCCUCUGUGCGUAGAAUAUAUGUGUGAGGAUCUGCUGUCCGAGUUAUUUUCGUGGACCCAUUGUAUCCGUUGCUGCAUGGCGUCAUACGAAACCAAGGUGAUGCCAAUACUUGAUGCUACAGUGGACGACUUAGACCUGUCAUGGCUUCGCGUGUCCAGGUGAUUUGACUUCAUCCAUUUCAAAAUGGAUAGCUCGAGGCAAAUGGGACAAAUGAAUAUGAUAAGGAAGGCCCAUUGGCCGAAAAACUCUGGCUGACCAAUCUUUGGAUUCCAGAAAAAUCCAUCUUUCCUUUGAGUCCUCCUGUGUUAAUAUAUAACUAGCUAGAUCCAGAAUUUUGAGCUAAAAUUCAUCAUCUCUAACUGGGUGAAUUUGGGUUUCAUAAAAACUAGUGUUACAGGAUAUUUAUGGUCAAGGUCGUGGUCUUAGUUGAGAUGCACGCUCGACCGAUAAGUCUAAACUUUAGACAUAAAUCAAGCUCGGGUUGAGCCUUUGAAUCUUAGUCCAUUUGUCAAUGGCAACCAGUCAAGCUAUCAUUUAAUAGCUCGGUUCAAAGUGUAUUUUGAUUUGAUGAAAUCAAGUUUUAUAAGAUAAAUGAUCGAAGUUAGGAUUUUAGUUGAGAUGCACACUCAGACUGAUAGGUCUGUAAACUUUGUAGACACAUCAAGGCCAGGUCGACUCUUUACAUGUAAAUUUCAUAUACGCAUCCAAGAGAUCUUCGGAUCUAGUAUCAAAGAAAUUUGUUAAAUGGCACCCCCCACCCCUUGGAGUCCUUAAUUUUGAUGGGACUGUUAGAGGAGAAAAGGCAGCAAAAGGCUUUAUAAUCUGAGAUCAUAAUGCCCAGCUAUUGUGGGCAGCUGGUAGGCCUCUUUCUUGUUGUUCUGUUUUUCAAGCUGAGUUAGUGAUAGCAUAGGAAACAAUUAAAUGUGCUGUCAGGACCGGCUCAACCCUUAGGCGACUGAGGCGGUCGCCUAAGGCCCCGGCCUAAAGAAGCCCCCCUUAGUGAAUUCGCCUUAGGACCCCAAAUGCAUUGAGUCGCCCCUGAGCGAGAGUGCUGUGACAGUGUCCAACAGUGGGGAACUAGUAUUGGUCUCUUCGCUGGAAGAGGGAGAAUGACUCGUUGAAAUAGGGGAGAGGAUUGGAGAAAGGCAAGGAGGUGGCAAUUCCACUCUUGCCUUUGCCCAUGCCAGCUUGCUUAAGUGGUGUAUCCACCGAUGGACUUGCAUGCGGCAAGCAGGGAAAGCUACCUGUCUCAGGUAGAAAAGAGGGAAAGUCAGCCUCUCCUGGCUGGUUGGCUUGAAAUGGAAGGUCUCUGGUGAUCAUUGGGGUGACUGUGGGCUAGUCUGAAGCAGGAGGUGAUGAUCAUGGCGAUGCUAGCCUCUUUGAGGCUAGGUUGGCCCAAGAUGGAAGGAGGUGGCGAUCAUGGUGAUGCCAGUCCCUCAGGAUGGUCGAUCAUGCAUUGUGUACAUAAAAUCCAUCUAAAUGCCACUUAGCUAUACUUCCUUCCAAUUUCUAUGUGGGUGCAUAAGGAUAUGGAUGCAGGUAGGUAGCAUUUACAAGUUUUUCGCUAUGCAUGACUUUAUAUUGUGCACUCAUAUGUUUUUUUUGUAUAUUGGUUCCUAAGUGAAAUCUUUUAUUUGCAAUCCCUUUUAUCUUUAUAUUUGCACAUUAAUCCCAACAAUCCUGUAACUCUUUGCAUACAAGCCUCUUGAGUUUACUUAACAAGACCUAAAUGGAGUAUUUCUGGUUUAUUCGUCUAAUACUGUCAGUUUUACUAGUCGUUCCAUUUUAUUGACUAUUUUGUGCUGAAAAAGAUGGCAGAGAGAGGGAAAGGUGGGUGGGGGGAGAGCAAGGAUGAGAGAUGGUAGGACAGACUGAGGUGAGAGUAGGAACAGAGGAGACUUAGAUAACCGAUCUUUUUCCAAGGUUAUUUAGUCUCAUUCCAACUCUAGUAAUUCUUAACCACGAUUUGGUUAAAGUAACACUAGCAGGAGGACUAAUAGACGUAACAGAGCAGAUUGCAGAUUGGAGGGAUUAACAUGCAAAUAUGAAAGAUUAUAGAUGUAAAAACCAGCAAAAAAAGCCAAUGUAGUUUCUGUCUCUUCAUGCUAAAGAGUAGGUUAUGGCAUUGUGGGUUUUGAGCUAAGAGGGACUUCUGUUUUCCUAACGUGAUAAGGAUUAGCACAUAUUGAAAUCAAGUAUAGAAACUUUUUGUAAGAACAAUAUCGCGGCAUAAUAUCACGUACAAAAGAGAGAAGCAAGAGAGAGGAAA